GCUUAACUGAUUAAGGCAACAAUCCUUUCUUCUUUUCUUCUUUGCGGACUGCUUGUAGGUAGGAGUCUGUGUUCUUCGAAUUUUAGCACUUACUACGAAGGAAUGGCGAGUAGAAAGCUGAUUCGAGAUUUACUCAUCACAAGGCAGCCUCUGUUCCUCCGAUUGGUCCAUCAACGGAGUUUGGGCGCAAGGGUAGGGUUUCUGCGACCCAAUGGGUAUUCGAUUCAUCGUCAGUUCAGUGUUUUCAGCGAUUUCUCCAAGAAAAUUAGAGGGGAAGCUGAAAGCAAUCCUGAAUUUCAAAGAACAGUGAAGGAGCUUAAAGAAAAGGCACAAGAGCUUCAAGGCGUAAAAGAGGACCUCAAAGUUAAAACAAAAGAGAAGACCGAGCAGCUUUACAAGCAAGUUGAUGGUGUCUGGACUGAGGCUGAAUCUGUCGCCAAAAUGGUCUCUUCAAGUGUGAAAGACACGUUCUCAGCGGCCACAGAAGAGGUCAAGGAGUCAUUCAAGCUGGGUAAAGAGGAGAAUGCAGAGUCAGCAAGUUCAUCAGGCACAGGAACCUCUAAAGAGGAAAACCAGCAGCAACAGCAACAAUCAGGAACUACUGAGGGAGGUCAACAUACAUUAUUUGAAAAACUGAAGUCAAGCGUUUCUUCUCCCCUUGACAUUGCGAGGAAGGGACUUGACAUUGUGAAGGAUGAACUGCGAGGAGGCCCGUCGAGAAAGAAGCACCUGGAGUACACGCCUCCCCCACCAUUUACAGGUGUGAAAAGUACAAGAACGGAUCUGGUGGUUACUCCAACAAAACAGACCAAGUGGCAAAAGAAAUGGGAAUCUUUAAGAGAAAAGAUGCAAGCCCAUCCUGCUUUUAAACGUCUAAGCGGUAUGAGUGAGCCUGUUAUCAACAAGAGCCAAGAGAUUGCAGAAGAUGUUGUGGAAAGAUGGGAAACCAGUGACAACCCGAUUGUUCACAAAAUUCAGGACUUAAAUGAGGCAGUGUUUAACGAAACAGAUUCUGGAUCAACUUACAAAGAGAUACGCCGCCGAGAUCCAUCGUUCUCCUUGCCGGACUUUGCUGCAGAAGUUCAUGAAGCCAUCAGACCAGUCUUGAGUGCAUACAGCAAGGGAGAUGCUGAGACCUUGAAGAAGUAUUGCAGCUCAGAAGUGAUUGAACGGUGCACGGCAGAGCGGGCAGCUUUAAAAGGCCAUGAUCUUUUUUUCGAUCACAAGAUUCUGCAUAUAUCGGAAGUACAAGUUGAAGAAACAAAGAUGAUGGGAACCACGCCCAUAAUAAUCGUCAGGUUCCAAACGCAAGAAAUCUUCUGUGUUCGUGACAAGAAUGGCAAAAUCAAAGAAGGAGGCCAGGACACGAUACACUCAGUGUACUACAAGUGGGCAAUGCAACAAGUGGAGGCAGGGGAAGAAUCUAUGUAUCCCAUUUGGAGGCUCAGGGAUGUAUAUAAACUUGGUGCUACUCAAGCUCUCAUUUAAAUUUUUGGUUUGGUUUUGUCCCUUUUUUAGACCUUCAAAGCUAAGCCCUCUUUAUAUCUCUGCAUUUUACCAUUAGAGUAUAUUAUUUACUCAAACCUUGUUCACUCUUUUCCCUCCAAUUUUCGUUUUGUCCUUCUCUCACGAAGAGAACUGGGUUCCCAUGUUUUGGCAAAUAUAGUUGGGUGAAGAAGGUUGUUAGUUUUGUCAGUCCUAAGGGGGCUAAAACAGUCUUUAGAAAAUAAAAUAAAAUAAAAACAUUUACAAUCGGUAAUUAAUUGUUUUUAGUUUUAUUAGAGAAAACUAUUUUAAUCAGGGGGUUAUUUGAGACUUAUUAUUUGACAAAUGUUACAAAUGUGUAUCAGACAUUAAGCAGAAAAACUAGAGUAUGUAUCUUGAGAUUAGAUUUUGAGAAGCAGCGUAGAGAUU